ACUUAACUACAUGUUAUCAUUGUGAAACCUGAUUGCCUUCAUGUUGAUUAUCAGUGUCUUCACACAUGACAGGUUUGGUAAGGUUCCGGGACGAUUCCCGGUCAGAUUUUUUGGAGGAAGAAGAUCACUAUGAGAUUGGAGAUGUUGUGUCAGAUGACUCCAGUGAAUCUGACAGUGAUAAUUCUGAGUCUGCUUUUCACCGCAUGCGGCGCCUAUUUCGGAAACAUCGACAUGAUAUUGAGAUCGAUAUUUGUAAAGGCCCAGUACAAGAGGAGGUGUCCACAAAGCUACAAAAGAACCCUCGGCCAUUGUUAGAUUUGGCAGCAUCAGCUACAGCCUUGCACCACAGCUGGGAAAGCCUGGAAAAAUGUGUGCCACCUUUGGACCUACUUCUGCUUAGGAAGAUAUCACGUUGGUCAUUCCCAAGUGACGUAAAGAACGUGAAAUAUUGUGCACGACUCUGCAUGAAAACGGAGGAUGAGUGGAGGAAGGCAGACAGCAUGUGUAAGGAUGGAUAUAUCAGGGAGAUGCGACAAGUUGGAUUGAUGUUAUCAGCGGUUGUUGGUAAGCCAACUUCAAAAGUUAUUUCAAAAGUGACUUUGAAAUUUGAGAAACAGACAAUUGUGUCUACAAAAUGCAGUCAUUGUCCAAAGAAGUUGUGGUGCUGUCACAUAUUGUCUGUGGCGUUGCAUCGAAUCAGGCAAGCAGACAGGGUACCUGUUUAUCCACCAAUGACCGAGAUCUUAUCAGAAAUGUCACGUGACCAGCUGCAGAAACUUCUACAAUGUGCAAUUAAUGAUGAACCAGAAACCCUUCUCCCAGUUUUCAGCAAUUUGGACACUGUACAAGAUCGUAAGUCUGAUCUGUACAACCAGAAUGGCGCACCAGACCCCACUUUUGGUAUGGAAGGGGAGAUCGACCAGAUGUGGGAUCUAUCACUUGAUAAACUCAAAGCAGAUAUGAAGAAUUUGCAUAAUCUUUAUGAAUAUCCAGUCACAUCUGACUUUGUGAAAAAAGCUGCAUCACCAUUCCAUCGCAAGUUUUUCCAGAGAGUACCUGAACUUAUCAACAGUGGACAUAUCAGACAAGCAGGGAAGGUGUUGAUGAUCAUAGCCAAGUCUUUAUUGGAUGCCUUACCACAGGAAGAGGAUGAAAGUAUGUGGGAAGCCUUCCUGGAUGCAGAGAGGAUGUUCAGCUGCUUUAUCUCAUCCUAUGGUGGACCAAUCAGAGAGGAAGUCAUCAUAUUGGCUGUCCAAAUUAACAAAAAAUGCAAUGUAAUGAGUGAUUGGAUGGAAUUCACAAAGCCGUCAUCUUGGGGCCGGAUCACAUCCAUUGGUUUGGAAUCUUGUUUACAAAAUCUCCGGCAAGGACAGGAGGCACGGAGAGAAGUGUUGGAGGUUUCUAGCCUGGCAGCAUUUUAUCAGCCAGUGUGUGCCAGCCUCAUUCCAAUCACACCAAAAACGCUUAGGGACCUGUUAUCAGGAGACGAUGAACCACUGACCUCGAAAUAUGAUGAAGCCCUACCUGUAAUGCUGCUGCGGUUUGACAAUUUGGUCCUCUAUGGCAGUGACCAAUCAGCGACUUACCUGUACAGGUUGGGUGUGGUCAUCCUGAAGAAACUUGUCAUCAUGGCCUCACACCUUUCCAUACUUGGAUGUAACUCUCCAGCUUUUACAGCAUUACAGCUCCAACAAGAUGAUGAUUUGGAGCCGUCAAAAGCCAAAAGAGCAAGACUUGAAGAAGAGGAAUCUCCGAAUGAGGCUCAGUUCACUUUGUCAGAGAAACAGAUGACACUAGCCAUGCUGUACACAUGUUUUGUAUUGGUGAAGACAAAGUGUUUGAAAAAUGUAAGUGAGGAUGAUCCAUCAUUACAAGUGGUCAUUGAGUCCAUGUAUCGUGCGAUAGAGCUUGGGCGUUUCCGACCAAUAUCACCUGGUGUAGAAGAAGACUCCCUGGACUAUGAAGAUUUAAGCUGGUUACAUGAAAUGGAAAAUGAACUGAAAACAUCUUUCAUUUAUGAGUGUCAAGAGAAUGUGGCUGUAGAACAGUGCUAUGUGAACACCCUGCUGGACCGGGGACUCUGUUUCUACAGCAGUGAUAUGGCUAUAGGUUUGUUGCACAUGUUAGUCAUGGCCAAUGAUGGCUCCGACAAUGAGGAUACUUUUAUCAAGAUUUGUUUGGAGGCAGUAUGCUCGUCCAUAGAACCUUUCAAAGGACAAAAUCCAGGGAUUUUCUCUGGCAUAUACGAGGAACAUUGGUCAGUAAUUCUAUGCACAGCUUACAAAGUUUUCUUCUGUGAGAAGUCUGAUGUUGAAGCUGAAAAGUUGAUUGGCCACUUCUCCAAACUCAGUGAUAAACACUUUGCAAUGAUGGCAUAUGAUGUGUUUGAAGGUCAUGUAUUCACUGACCGAUGGGGUAAGGACGACCUUGACAUAUCCUCAUAUCCAAUUCAGUUUGUCCUUUGCUUUGUUAGGCAAAGUGUGAAACAUGAUUGGAAAAUCUUCAAGUCGAAGAAAGAAAGCAUUGCCAAUUUGCUUGAAAUGAUAGCCCUGGAAGAACCUGGAAAGGUGACUUAUCACUUGCUUGAGCAUUGGAGUUCAGUUUCUUGUUACUUCAGUGAGGCAGAAUUGCAAAAGUUUUUAGACAUUAUGAGAAAAUUUGUGGAUUCUGAAAACCAACAAGCUGAUGCUCAUUUUCAGCUGGUGUUGGAUCAUGUAGAACGCACAGACACAAUUCACAAACCAACCAGCUGUUACAUCCUAAAGAUUCUGAACACAGAAACCCUGCGACAGAAAGCUCUAGAAAAUGUGAUGUGGAACUACAAGAGUUUCACACCUAAAGCCCUUCUAUGGAUCGCACAGUCACGACAUGAAAUUGUAGGUUCUCCAAGCCUACCUGAGUUUAUGUUCUGUCGUAUUGUGUUUCAUUUGUUGCAACUGGCCUUCUACAAGAUCAGAGAGCAUAACAGGAAGAAAGACAUGACUAGUUCAGAGAAGGAGGAAUGUAUCGAACAAGUUAAAUGGUUUUUCAAUGCUAUAGCAGAACAAGGUAAUGAAAAGCUCGCCAAAGGGAACCAAUUCGAUGUGUUCUUACGAGAGCUGGAUGAAACCUUUGCGAGCAUGCCUAUGUUCAUCUUAACUUUCUUUGAUACCAUAUGCCCCUCAGCAGCCCUACUGACCAAAGCGGCCAAGAAAAUGGGAAAUAGCGUGAUGAUACAUCUACAGUCUGUAUUUAUAUCAGACAUAGAAGAUGCCCACACCAAUUCAGAGUAUGACAAAGUCCUCAGAAGGUUGAUGGACGCACAGGCAUCAUGUCUUUGCAAUGGUUUAUGUAGCAGCCUGAAUGAUUUCCGAUUGCAUGUGACAUCUCCAGUCCGUCUGCAUCACUGCUUAAAGGGGGAUUUCAUUUCAUAUAUGGACAAAAACUACAUGCCACUUUUGAAUGAUUUCUAAUGAUUCUGUUCAAUAUUUACAUGAAACAUUCCAUUCAUAUCUACAUGCAUCUGUGUUUAUAUAUAUAAGUUGAAUAGUCCUUGUAAAGGAGUUUCAGAAUGAAAAAAAUAACUGCAAAACAAAUCUGUUGAUUUUCCGAGCACUUCUGCUGUUUAAAUGCUGCUUUUCAUUUCUCCCAAACAGCUGGGAAAGUGCUGGGAAUAUCAACAGAUUUGUUUUAAACUUGUUUUGUAUGAUAUAUGAAUUUAUACAUACAUUUGUACAUGUACAUGUACAUAUAUAUAUAUAUAUCCAGCCAUGUCUGUUACUUGGGAAUAUAUCUAAAUUACAGUUUAAAGAUGCAUAAUAUGUGUACAAAUUGUAUACCAUGCCAUGAAAUAGUUAGGUACAUGAAAAGCAUCCGUCCAUCACACUUCGUGUCAUUGUUUCUUCUAUUUUCUAAGUCAUUGAUUAUUUCAGGAUGCUCAUUAUUAUCCCCUCGCAAACAGAGUUUGGAGGGGAUUAAGUAUUCGGCUUGUUCAUACUUAUAUUACACGAGUUACAUGAGUUUGCUAUGGCAGCAUCUCUGAUGAGUUUUAGUUUCAGAACCUGUGCCCUUUUAUUUAGAGUUAUUGCCCUUGUUUAUUUCGCUUAAUUUAACAUUGUCAGUGGUCUCAAGUUUAUUUCUGAAGAAAAAUUCAUGAUUUAUUUUUACAUUAGUUUGAAUUUCGGAUCCCACACUUCUUUAUUUACGGAGUUAUUGCCCUUAGUUUAUUUCACUCAAUUUAAUAUUGACAGUGCUAAAUGCAUGUUCAUUUCUGAAGAAAUAUUCAUGAUUUAUUUUUACAUGAGUUUGAAUUUCAGAUCCCACACUUCUUUAUUUUCGGAGUUAUUGCCCUUAGUUUAUUUCACUCAAUUUAUCAUUGACAGUGCUAAAACAUGUUCAUUUCUGAAGAAAUAUUCAUGAUUUAUUUUUACAUUAGUUUGAAUUUCAGAUCCCACACUUCUUUAUUUUCGGAGUUAUUGCCCUUAGUUUAUUUCACUCAAUUUAUCAUUGACAGUGCUAAAACAUGUUCAUUUCUGAAGAAAUAUUCAUGAUUUAUUUUUACAUUAGUUUGAAUUUCAGAUCCCACACUUCUUUAUUUUACGGAGUUAUUGUCCUUGGUUUAUUUCACUCAAUUUAACAUUGUCAGUGCUCACGCAUGUUCAUUUCAGAAGAAAAAUUUAUGAUUUAUUUUUACAUUAGUUUGAAUUUCGGAUCCCACACUUCUUUAUUUACGGAGUUAUUGCCCUUGGUUUAUUUCACUCAAUUUAACAUUGUCAGUGCUCACGCAUGUUCAUUUCUGAAGAAAUAUUCAUGAUUUAUUUUUACAUGAGUUUGAAUUUCGGAUCCCACACUCCUUUAUUUUCGGAGUUAUUGCCCUUAGUCUAUUUCACUCAAUUUAUCAUUGACAGUGCUAAAACAUGUUCAUUUCUGAAGAAAUAUUCAUGAUUUAUGUUAACGUGAGUUUGAAUUUCAGAUCCCACACUUCUUUAUUUUGGGAGUUAUUUCCCUCAAAUUUAACUUUAUCAACGCUCUUACAAGUACAUUUCUCUACAGAGUUUCAUGAAACUUUGUACUUGGCUUUACUCUGAUGUUAUCUUUGAUAAGUUUGUUUUUCAUAAGCCUCAAUCCUUGUUUACAGUUCAUUACACUCAAAUGUAUCUUCAUCAGUGCUCACACAAGUUCAUUUCAACAGAAUUUCUAUAUAAAGGGGAUUUAUGUCUUACAGACAUUUCUAGUUGUCUUUUCUCUAAACAUCUCAAAGAGGAACAUGUUUUCUCUAGUAAAAUGUGUUGUUUAUUGCAAAGGGAUUUAUAUCACUUGUAUACCUUGUUUUUGCAUGGAAAUUUGUUUGUUUUUAGGUCACCAGAGACAAAGUCUCAAGUGACCGUUACUGAUCGUCUUUUGUCCAUCGUCCUUUCGUAAAAAAUGACAUUUUUGACUUUGACAGAAACCCCAGAGCCAAUUUUAGUGAAACUUUUCAAAAACCUUUCAUGGGAAAAGGUCAAUGAAGCUUGUAAAUUAUAUGGUCCCCACCAUCCAGCGGACUGAGGGACGAGACCAAAAAGGGUCAUAUUGACUGAAAUUUCAAAUAUGUUCUACUCAAGACCAAAUAAGGUACAAUCAAAUACUCUUAAUAAAUGGAAGGGUCUUAAGGUGCUUUACCAAAAUUGUGAUUUUCAUGACCCUUGGAUCUCACGUUUGCCCCUGGAGAGGGGGUUAUAGUUUGUAUAGGGAAAUAACAUUUUUGACUAUCAUUCAUUUGAUUUCUAUUGGAAUUCAUUCCUCGUAACUUUGUUAACCAUAUCAGGAUGGGAUGAAAAUUUGCUGGUAUGUACAUUUGCCCUGAAUGAUCCCUUUGGCCCUCAAAGGGUAAAAUUGACUGAAAUUUCAAAAUCUUCUUCUCAAGAUCCAAGUAAACUAGACUCAAAUAAUCUUCAUAGAUGUAAGGGUCUUAGUGUGUUAAUUUACGAAAAUUGUGAAUUUCAUGACCCUGGGGUCUCAAGUUUGCCCCUGGGGAGGGGGGUAAAUCUGAUAUAGGUUAUAUAGGGAAAUCACAUUUUUAACUAUCAUUUUUUGGAUUUCUAAUGGCAUUCAUUCUUAAUUGGUUUGAAUUAGCAGAUUGAAAUGACAGUUUAAUGGUAUGCACAUGUUGGCCUGACAGACCUGUGACUGACCCUCAGGUGCUGAUGGGUAGGGUCAAAAAGGGUCAAGUGAUAGAAAUAUCAAAAUAAUCAAAACUGAGGUGACCGUUAAGAUCCAUGGGCCUCUUGUUUUGUUCUUUGUUUGGAUUAUAAUCUUAGUGCUGAAAUUUUAAUAAGAUUGUAAGUUCUGCUUCAUUUCCAUUAAGGGGGAGGAGUGUGCAUGUACUUUACAAACAAGUGAGUCCAUUUCGUGUGUAUGUGUUACAAAUUAUGGUAUUUACUUAAAUAUCUUGAAACUUACUUUAUUUCAUUUAGCAAAUGAUUUAUAUGCAAAUCAAAGAUGACAAUCAUGCUGUUAUGAAUCUAUUAUUAAUCAUGUCAGACCCUAUAAUUAUAAACACAUUAUCUCUGGAUUAUGUAGGCAUACACAUUUGUUGCACUCAAAUUUCAGCACAUUGUUGAAGUACAUGUAGUUACUAAAUUGGUGUACACCAAAUAUUUGAUGGAGAAAAAAACAAUUCACAAUUAAUGCAGUCAUGUUUCAAUGAAAUUAGUUAUCAUAAUUUGUGGAACAAAUGGAUAAAUCUUUCACCAAUUCUCAAAAAUUAUAAGUCCAACUUUAGCCAAACUGGGUAUACACAUGUAGUAAGAUCACAUAGUGGAAAUCUCAACACAGCCGUCAAUUAUGAAAUAUCUCUCAGAAUGAUUGGUCCAGUGACUCUGGAAAUUGCGGAUGCUGGGAAUUCGGUCAUAAAGUUUUGUGUUUAGCUCCUCAAAAAGUAUCAAUGUUUUUCCAACCAAACCUGGAAUAUAGCUGCAUCGAAGUAUAGACAUCUCAGCAAACCAUACAUAUUUUGUGAAUUUCUACCAUUUUUGCUCUAUUUUUUUUAUCAAAAACCUUAGAUUUUGAGAAAUUGAAAUGAAAUCUUUAUUGCUUUUCCAAUUGAUUUUAAUAUCAGUGUAUAGCCAAUUUUGAAUUUUAUUGAAUUUUGAGAAAUUGCAAUUUUGCAAAAUUUGACAUUUACUUUGUAAUGCAUGAAUUUUACACAUUUUAUAAUGUAUAGAGGGAGCUUUUAUACUAUUCAUGUCAAGGUUUUUUAGUUGUUUUUGGGGAAAAAACCCUGAAAGUUUUGAGUUUGCUUAAUAUUUACUGUACAAAAGGAGAGCUGGCAAGACCUAUGUAGAUCAAUGCAAUUCUUGUUUGUAUGAAGGACAUUAUACAUGCCUGUUAGCAGACAAUCUUGGAUUUCAGGUUCAAAAAUUGUAAACACUGUCACAUAGAAAUGAUUAGCGAUAUCUGUUAUACUUGAUCGAUAAAUCCCGGUCAAUCCUAGUUGUACAACAUCUCUGUUAAAUGGUCAAAACUGUUAACUUACAUGAAAUGUUAUGAAAUCAUGUUCUAAUAUAUGAUAUAAUAGUAAUUGUUGGUAUAAUGUUAAAAUCACGAAGCUUAAUGUUAAGAUCUUAAUAGUAAAUAUUUCAUGCUUAUUGUACAGCCUUAAGUGAAUUCAAUAUCAGAUGGAUAUGCCCAAGAAAUUCAUCACAUCAAAAAUCGACCAGUGUUCUAUUCUCAUUACUAUAAUCUUCUGUAUGAAAACCAUUUAAAUUUUGCAUGAAGAAAAUUAUAAUUGUCUCAAAGGUUGUAAAAGCUUUUGAAUAUGAGAGGGGCUAUUCUUAUUAUAAAAAUUCAAAAAUGCAAUAUUUGUAUGUAGAUGUCUUCUUAUAGUAAGUGGUUUUAAGCCAGAUUCUUGAUAAAGUAUAGCAUGGUUUGUUCCCCGCCUUAAGCCCGUAAUGAUGCAAAUUGCUUCUGAGUGAAUCAACUCCAGGACGUCACACUCAGUCUGAUUAGAAUUUGACCAUACAAUAUUUGAAUAUUCCAGAAUUGUUCAAAUAAAUGUUGUAUAUAUAGUUAAGAGAGAUUUUAUAUAAAGUCUGAAUUUUUGCACUCUAACUAUUGUUUAUAGGCUUUGUAACAGAUAAAAUGUAUGUGGACUGACCACUUUGUCAUUGUGUUGAAGAAUAUACCCAAGCACCUAUGAUGGGUAACAGUGUUGAUAACUAGGUUAUCAAAAUACACAUAAGGUUGCAAUGUCUGUGAGUCCAUUCGCCUAGAAAAAAGAGGAGAUACAGUUUUAUCAGGUUUGAAAAUUAUGCCCCUUUUAUCAGCCCAUAAAGAAUUUCUUCUCAAAUCAUCAUUUAAAAUGGCAGCGGAUUCCUGAUGAUUAUCUUCAAUAAGACUGUUUAAAGAAGUAUCGUCAGCAACAAUUUAACAUUUGAAUUUAUAUCAUUGACAAAAUCAUUGAUAUACAACAGAAAUAGAUAAGGUCCUAGGACAGAGCCUUUGGAUACUCCUGUCUGUAUUGUUUUCCAAGUAGAUUUGAAACCAUCUAUGACCACUCUCUGUUUCUAUUACUGAAAUAGGAUGAAAACCAUAUUAGCAUGUUACCCGUUAUGCCAUACUUUUUAAACUUGUACAGUAAACCAUCAUGCUCAACCCGAUCGAAAAUUUUACUGACAUCACAAAAGAUCAUCCUUACCUCUUUACCUUUAUCGAAAUGUUUUGUAAAUGCAUCAUAUAUAGCUAGGAGUUGAUAUGUUGUUGAAUCUUUGGGUAGAAAACCUUACUGAUUUUUGGAUAUAAUUUUGUUAUCUUUGAGUAAUGUUGAAAGAUUAAAGUGAACCCACAUAUAUGUAUGAAAAUAUAGAUAAGGGCACUACCCUCUAGCCUAGUUUAACCAUGUUAGUAAAAUAAUGAUAUACUUUGAACCAAUAGCAAGAGGUUCAUAGGUACAAGGUCAAGCAGUAAUGUCAAGGUGAAAUUGAAAACUUUGAUAUUUUUAUAGUUAAUGUACCAUUUAAUGUUGAAGUAUUGUCGUAUGAUUAAAUCAUGUUUUACUGUAUAACAUUGUAUGUGUUUGUUAAGGUGAAAAUAAACACAGCAAAUCAGCUGAAAUACUAAACUG